CCGAUCGCAUCUGACUUUGGUCUACACUGAGUUGCCACUCACGGUUAAGCAUAUCGAACGUGAACAACCUUCAAGGCUCUACAAGUAUGGCGGCAGCAUCUUCCUCGUCAGAGGUUCCCCCGCUAGCCAAAUACCUCGCUUCUACGGACAAGAAGACUAGAGACAAGGCGACCAAGCAAUUGGCUGCCUUUCUUUCUGAUCCCUCACGAGACUCAUUGCCUCAUUCUGAGAUGUCAAAACUCUGGAAGGGCAUUUUCUACUGUUUUUGGAUGUCUGACAAGCCGCUGGUACAACAAGCAUUGGCUAGCGAGCUCGCAGAGAUCCUGUUGAACAUCUCGUCACCCUCAAGACCAUUUGACUUCCUUCAAGGAUUCUGGGAAGCUACCGUCCGCGAAUGGAGCGGGAUUGACCGCUUACGAAUUGACAAAUACUAUAUGCUCAUUCGGAGAUUCGUCAAUGCUUCCUUCAGGCUACUACUGCGGACGCAUUGGGAUUCGUCCUCUUGCGACCGCUAUAACGCGAUUCUGACACGACAGGGAGGACCGCUAUGUCCAGAUGAUACGCGUGUACCAACUAGCCUUGCGUAUCACUUGGCAGACAUAUACCUCGAGGAGCUAAACAAAAUCCUCGGAGAUCCUCCAGAGCCUUCGCCGUCACCAGCGCCACUGUCGACUCUGCUGGACCCCUUCUUCAGACUGGCUUCUAGGACACCCACCAAGAUCACUUACGAACGCAUACAGUCUGCGAUGUUCGAGCCACUGUUCACCGCAAUGACCCCCAAACCCGACGAUGAGCCACCAAGCCGUAAAAAGCCGCGCUUGUCCACGCCGACGUUCUCAAACAUCCUUGCAAACGCAUGUGUAUCCGAUUGGAAAGCCGAAGGGGCAGUGGAGACCGGGACCCUCCGCAAAGCGCUGCUGCGGCGCAUAUUUGACGUAGCCAGCGGAGAGGACACCCGAGAUGCGAAUCGACGGAAGAUGUACAGCUUGUGGAAAAGUCAUACGGAGGACGAGGAAUCGAACGGGCCAGUCAUUGUAGACGCUAGCUAGGGGACCUCGACAAUUGUGUUCUUCGCCUGGAACCAUUCUGUGUGUCCUUACGUCGGGAGCCCGAACGAUGUGCGUUUAUAUUGUAUUAUACAGAGUGCGACAGAUGGCUGCGGUAUCGUAUGGGAUCGCAACGGCUCACUCCUAUGCCACGAUCAAUUAUGGUGUUGUGUCAGGGAUGACAGAUGCUACGGAGGCGAGGGAUAGUCGUGACUCGAACUAUGCGUACGCAUAGGUCCCGUGAGCAUGGCGCUGGAAGCGAGCCUGUCCAAUAUGGCCCUUCGGGAUAGCGGAGGGGAGGGGACCAGAGAUCAGCCUGAAGAAG